AUGGGCACUUCGUGUGCCAACACGUAUGCUAACCUGAUGGUUUAUCACUGGGAGAAAGAACAUUUGUUCCCCCAUGAGAUGUAUAAGAAGAUCAUCGCCUACAAGAGGUUUGUAGACGAUAUACUGAUUGUGUGGGAAGGAACUAGGGUUGAGUUUGAAAGUUUCCUUGACUAUUUAGAAACCACCAGUAACUUCCUGAGCUUCACCAUGGAAGCCUCCCAUACUGAGAUCAACUUCUUGGAUGUGAAUUUGAGUAUUCGAGCAGGAAAGUUGCAAGGCUCUUUGUUCACUGACAGAACUCUGCAAAACUUUUCCAGUGUUUCAACUGCAUCAAGAGCCAUUCAUGAGAAGGAGCAGCUAAAGAAAUCCCUGAAGAAUCUGUCCCACAAGAGAGACCAGCAGAACUCGAUUAUAGAAAACUUUGAAGCUCAGCUCAAUGCGAUUCCAGAGAAGACCAGGGCAGUGGAAGAGCAAAUCAAGAAGAGCUUUGGCAAGUUGCAUGUCUUCCUGUAUGAAGAAGAGAAUUCCCUGCUACGGAAACUUCAUGAAGAUGAGGAGCAACUAAGACAGAUCCUGGAGCAGCGCAUCCAGAUUAUCAAGAAUGACCUACAGUUGCUGACCACUGGAGUAGAUGAAAUAGAAAAGAACAUUGAAGAGGAAGAUGAAAUCUCUUUUCUGAUGAAACUGAAAGAAAUGCAGGAAAGGACCAAUAUCCCAAGUAAAGAUGUGGACCUGUCCCCUGUGGCAUUAAGUGAUGACCCGUAUGCUGGACCACUGCAGUACUGGAUCUGGAGGAAGAUGCUUAAUAUUCUCAAAUUAACUCCAGAACCAGUUAAAUUAAACCCUGAGACUGCCUGCCCCUUCUUGAUCCUUGAUGGACAGACAAGAGUGCGUUGUGGUGACAAGAAACGAUCAGUGCCUGACCUUCCUGAGAGGUUUGAUCCUGCUGCAUGUGUUCUGGGCAACACUGGAUUUGACUCUGGAAGAUACUAUUGGGAAGUGGAUGUUGGUAUAAAGACUGAGUGGGGGUUGGGUGUGGCAAAGGAUUCUGUGACUCGAAAGGGGGAAGUAAAACUAUCACCUUCCAAUGGGUUCUGGGCCAUUGUUCGAGAUGGAGAGGUGUAUGGGGCCUAUACUGUGCCUCCUACCCCUCUUAAGCUGACCAAGCAGCCUAGGAGGAUUGGAGUAUACCUUGAUUGUGAGAAAGGGUUGCUGUCAUUCUAUGACCCUUAUGAGUUCUGCUGUAUUUACACCUACAAAGACACCUUUGUGGAAAAGGUGUACCCUUUCUUCUUUACUGGUGUGAAGAUGGGCAAGGGGCUACCAUUGCAGAUUGUGACACCUAGGCUGUGACACCAGGGAUGGCAGAGCAAAUAAGUACCAUCAUCAAAGAAGCAGUAGGCACUCUUUGUUACCUAUAGGGGUGGGAGGUUGGCAUAAUGGUUAAGGUGUUUGCCUUAUAAACCAAUGGUGCAGGGUUUGAUUCUCAAAUGG